CUCCUUACCCACUCCUCUGACUGUCACUGAGCUUCACAAACUGAGGUCGAACUCUCUUCCACUCUCUCCCUCCUCUCCUUCCACUCUUUACCCUCGGGACGUGAUGAGGUUAACAGUGCUGUGCGUAUGUGGGACCCUGCUUGCCUUCUCAAGCCUCUCUUGGACAACAGGCGUCUCUGGAGAAGGAGACCUCCUGGUGGAUAAGGAAUUUGGGCCCUGCGAGGCAACGCUGCAGCUUGAGGGUCCGUGCAGACCAGGGCAGGAGGAGACAACAUGCCCGUACUUACUGAGUCUGCCACCGCUGACUCUUCAUGUUCCAUCGCAGCUCAGAGAGCUGGAAAAGAUCAUGAAGGAUCUGCAGGACUUGAAGGACAAUGUGGAUCAACUGAGGAGGAUGUGUGCAGACUGUACAGUAAGCCAAACUGAGAGAGAGUGUGGAACGCAAAAAGAAAGAGAGCAUGUGAUGCUGAAUGAAAAUGCAGACACAAGGAUGAAGGAUGAGAGGAACUGGGUGAAUGAGAGAAAACCUGAUGAGCGAGCAGAAGACGUUAGAGAGGAGUUUGGAAGAGGCAGGCUUAAAGUGGAGGAGAUUAUGGAAGGAGGUGGUGAAAUGGACUCAGAAAAAAGAACACAUUUGGAAGAUGGAGGGAGAAAUAAAUGGGAAGCAGAGAGAGUGAGCAAUAAAAGGGUCAUAAAAGAAAAUGAGGAAGCAGAAACCUUACUAGAAAUGACAGAAAAAGAUGGAAAAACUCAAAAAGAAGGGGCAAAUGUAAAGGACAAAUUGGGACAGAAAAAGGUGCCAACUGCUGGAGGAAUUAGGAAAAACGGGGAUAUGGCAAGAGAAAAGGCUCCUGAAAAAAAUAUGUGGGAGACAGACAGAAAUAAAGAAAACUAUAAUAAAAAAGGAGAUUCAAAUGGAGAUAGAGAAGAUGUGUUAGAGAGUGGAAAAGGAAGAAAUAUGACCACUAAUAUCAAAAAGAAAGAGGAAGGUGACCAACAUGUGAGGCUACAUGCAACAAAGGAGACUGAGAAAGAGACCCGCACUGAGGAAGACAAGGGGAGUGAUGGAAUAAAGUUGUCUGAGGACCAAUAUGAGCAUACAAAUAAGGAACGAGAGCAGUACCGGGAGGACAGGAAAAAGAAAGAGCAAAAGGGAAUGAAAAUGGAGCAAAGUAAGGAUAAACCAAAAGAGACUGAACGCAUUUUAGAGAGCGGAAAAGAAAGAAAUAUGACCACUAAUAUUAUAAAGAAAGAGAAAACAGCAGAAGGCGACCAACAUGUGAGGCUACAUUCAAGAAAAGAAACUGAGAAAGAGACCCGUAUUGAGAAAGACAAGGGAAGUGAUGGAAUAAAGAUGUCUGAGGACCAAUAUGAGCAUACAAAUAAGGAACGAGAGCAGCACCGGGAGGACAGGGAAAAGAAGGAGGAAAAGGGAAUGAAAAUGGAGCAAAAUAAGGAUAAACCAAAAGAGACUGUACGCAUUUUAGAGAGUGGAAAAGAAAGAAAUAUGACCACUAAUAUUAGAAAGAAAGAGAAAACAGCAGAAGGCGACCAACAUGUGAGGCUACAUUCAAGAAAAGAAACUGAGAAAGACACCCACACUGAGGAAGACAAGGGAAGUGAUGGAAUAAAGAUGUCUGAGGACCAAUAUGAGCAUACAAAUAAGGAACAGGAGCAGCACCGGGAGGAAAGGGGAAUGAAAAUGGAGCAAAAUAAGGAUAAACCAAAAGAGACUGAACGCAUUUUAGAGCGCGGAAAAGAAAGAAAUAUGACCACUAAUAUUAGAAAGAAAGAGAAAACAGCAGAAGGCGACCAACAUGUGAGGCUACAUUCAAGAAAGGACACUGAGAAAGACACCCACACUGAGGAAGACAAGGGAAGUGAUGGAAUAAAGAUGUCUGAGGACCAAUAUGAGCAUACAAAUAAGGAACGAGAGCAGCACCAGGAGGACAGGAAAAAGAAAGAGGAAAGUGGAAUGAAAAUGGAGCAAAAUAAGGAUAAACCAAAAGAGACUGAACGCAUUUUAGAGAGUGGAAAAGAAAGAAAUAUGACCACUAAUAUUAGAAAGAAAGAGAAAACAGCAGAAGGCGACCAACAUGUGAGGCUACAUUCAAAAAAGGAAACUGAGAAAGACACCCACACUGAGGAAGACAAGGGAAGUGAUGGAAUAAAGAUGUCUGAGCACCAAUAUGAGCAUACAAAUAAGGAACAAGAGCAGCACCGGGAGGACUGGGAAAAGAAGGAGGAAAAGGGAAUGAAAAUGGAGCAAAAUAAGGAUAAAACAAAAGAGACUGUACGCAUUUUAGAGAGUGGAAAAGAAAGAAAUAUGACCACUAAUAUUAGAAAGAAAGAGAAAACAGCAGAAGGCGACCAACAUGUGAGGCUACAUUCAAGAAAGGAAACUGAGAAAGACACCCACACUGAGGAAGACAAGGGAAGUGAUGGAAUAAAGAUGUCUGAGGACCAAUAUGAGCAUACAAAUAAGGAACGAGAGCAGCACCGGGAGGACAGGGAAAAGAAAGAUGAAAGGGGAAUGAAAAUGGAGCAAAAUAAGGAUAAACCAAAAGAGACUGAACGCAUUGGGCGAACAGAUCAAGAGAAGACCAUUAACAGGGAGGAGGGGGGUGAGUGGGGUGAGGGGGACGGGGCGACAGGCGCAGACAUCAAAACAGAGGAAGAAAAAGUGGUCCAGAGUGUACAGAGAGACACUGAUGGAGAAUUAGCAUCCAACAAAGCAAGUGAAAGCACAGACUUUAUUUCAGACAGCCAGACUCCUCCAUCUACCGUCGGCUUUAUUACAACAAGACAUAAAACCAUGGACCCAAACAAAGCUACAACCUUGACAUUAUCCUCUCCACCUCCUCCUUUGUCCAGUCCACAUUUGGUCACAGAUGUCGAUGAAGCAAUGAUGACAGGCGCUCAUGGACUACCAUCCCACAGCACAGACACCGAUGUGGCUCACAGUCAUCAGCACCCAUACCCUGAUGCAGACGCAGGUUUUAAGACCACAAGUGGACCAACUACAACACCCACAAUAGGAACACUGGGUGUACCCAGACAACAAAGAACCAGUGCCACGACUAGGUUCACCUCCACAACUAGUCCCAGCGUCAGGACACGCUUCCAGGGUCGAGUGAGUUCAACUGUGGCAACUAAAAUAACCUCAACUCCUCGAGAGAAUUUUCACACAACUCCAAUGAGUGGAGUCACAGCGCCCAGCCACUGGAUAACAAAAAACACCAAGACUGGAGGAAAACCUCGACCAGCCCAGGAACCAAAUCCUGCUGAAAAGCACAAACAUGGAAUUAAGCCUGAAGCAAUUCCUAAGGUAAAAAAUCCUAAGAAUGACCACAAACAAGACCGAGCACCUUUACCUGACAAAACUGACCAAAAGCUGAAGCCUUCACUCCAAAAACCCACAACUGACCAGAAACUCAAGCCUGUCAAAGGUCAAAAGGCCCAUAAUCCCAAACCUGAGCGGAGAGUAACAUUUAAUAAUUUAACUACCGAUCAAAAUCUGAAAAAUAAUCCGAUGCUUAAACAUGACAAAGAUCUUACAACUGAUAAAAAGCCAACAGCUAACGCAACUGGUUCAGACACAAAUCCUCAGACUGAACCAAGCUCAAAACCUGAAAGAAAUCAAAAUAAUCCUCUUCAAACUGUCAAGCCUGAUCCUAAACAAAAACCUCAGAAAAACGUUAAAGGUAAAGAAAAGACUAAACCUGAUCUGAGGGCUGAUUACACAACUGUUCAACAACCUGAUUCUGGAAGUAUAGGAAAAGCAAAGCUCACGCUAAAACCCAACAACAGGUCCACAUCGGAAUUAAUGAGAAAUUCCAGAGACAAUCCAUCUCCAGAGUCUGACUCUAACCAAGUCAAAACACCUGGACAAAAACUUGCACUUGAUGGCAUUAACACACCGUCUGAUCAAAAGCCUAAACCUAGCCAGAAAAUCCCUGUAAUAAACCUAGACCCUAAACCUGGCCACAUACCCAAACUUAACCAAAAACGACUGGAGAUUGAUCCAAGCAAAAGCACUAAGCCAAAUGUGAAGCCUAAAACCAGCCAAGCACCACAAAAAAAUCAGGGUCUUAAAACACCUGGGCCGAGCCAAACGCCUGAUCUUUACCCAAAAUCUGUACCUGAUCAAAUCCCCAAAGCACAAUCCAACAAAACUUCCAAACCAAGACCUCCUCCCAGACGCGGACACACAUUCAAGCCAGGAGCAACAUCUGUUCAAAGGCCACAACCAGCAGUGCAACAAAAGUCAAACCCAAACACCAAAACAGAUUCCAAUCCUGAGAUCAGCGGGACAACUGCAGAUGGCAUCCAAAAUUCUCAAAUCAACAUGCCACCUACAUCUGGCUCUGUAAAACAGAGCACUGAAAUGACUCAUUCCCCAGGUGACGCAGAGUUCAGUCCCAGCACAAAAGAAUCCAUCACUCCCAGCCCAAAGACCUUCAACAGCCUGGACACCUUCCCUCUCCUCCACACUCUCGCUGAGGGCUCCACCGUGAACCCGAACAGCAGGGCUGCGUCUGAUCUGGGGCCACAAACAGCCGGACAACAUUCAUCGAUCCCAAUGACAACAAGACCAAACAAAAUGAUCCAUGGGACCCUGCCAAGUGUUAUCCCUAGCACCAGUCCAGGAUCCACAACGUUAAAGUCUAUCACUGAGCCCGGCGUGCAAGCUGAGCUACCGCACCAUGUUGUGGAAACAGCACCUGAACAAACCCUGCAUGCAGACAACGUGCUCAUUCCAGUCCCUUCCCCCAGAGCUGAAACCACCAUCACACUGAGCCCUGACACCAGGUCAACAACCGCUGACACCGCUGGCCCCAAGGUCCCUGCGCUGGAGUCUUCCACUCCCAGUGCACGCGAGCUGCGUGUAAAAAUCAACCAGGUGGCCGUGUUUUCCAGAGACAGCCAGAGUUCAGACGCACGGUCAGUGGACAAGCGUCCAACAACAGAGCACCCAGAGGACAGAGGGACUGACCUGAAAGUCAAGUGGAUUCCAUCAAAAGUCUCCACAGCACUGAGGCGAGACUGCUCUGACCACCUGCUCCAAGGAGGAACAAAGAGCGGCGUGUACCUGGUGACCCCUGACAUCCGCAGCAAGAGCUUCUCCGUCUUCUGUGACAUGGAGCUGGUUGGUGGAGGCUGGACGCUCAUCCAGCUCAGACAGGACGGCAGCGUGAGCUUCAACCGCACCUGGGCUGAGUACCGGUCAGGCUUUGGGGAAGUGGGCGGCAGGGAGUUUUGGCUGGGGAACAACAUGAUCCACCUGCUGACCCGGGACAGGGACAUGGUGCUGCGGGUGGAGCUGGAGGACUUUGACGGGCUGAUGGAGUAUGCAGAGUAUGAGCAGUUCAAGGUGGCAAGUGAGCGUCUGCGUUACAGGCUGACGGUUGGAGGUUACUCUGGUACGGCGGGGAACGCUCUACGCUUCAGCAAAAUGUAUGACCACAACGGCAGGGCCUUCACCACACCAGACAGGGACAAUGACCGCUAUCCCUCGGGGAACUGUGGGGCCUACUACAGCUCGGGCUGGUGGUUCGAUGCCUGCAUGGCUGCAAACCUCAACGGAAGAUACUAUGUGGGAAAGUAUAAAGGAAUCAGGGAUGGUAUUUUCUGGGGGACGUGGCAUAAUAUAUCUUCAGAGUAUUACCCCACCAAUGACAGACAGUCUUUCAAAACUGUCAGGAUGAUGAUCAGACCAAAAGGCUUUGCACCAUGACCUCUGACCCUGCUCUAUUAAGAAAACUCAUUCCCACUCUCUCCACACACUUACCAGCGCACCAUUAGCACAAUGCUGCCACCUUGUGGUGUUUGAUUUUUAAAAGCUUUGAUUGUUUGCUUUACAGGUUGAGAUAGCAAUAACUGAGGAUGUACAUACUUUAAAGAAUAAAAGUUUAAGUUUUAAUUUCAUAGUUCUUUUUAUAACCUGUGUCCAGUUGUUUCCACUGACGAGAGAAAUCUUCUCAUGAAGACGUAUUUUUCUAUGAAGAUUGUCUGAAUCUGCAGCAACAGAGACUGAUUUUUACUGAAUUCAAGGGCCAGUCGAUGGUUGAUUGAAGA